CCCAUGGCGGGUGCACCCAUAUCAUAAGAGCAUAAUAAUCGGUGUCUAUAUAAGAGUGCUAUACUAGUAUAAUAUACUGCGCAACACAGGACGGCAGUUCACUCAUCACAAGCUGCCAGUCUGUCUGUUAGUCGAACGAUCAGUUCGUCCUAAGCAGAUGAAAAUGUCUCCGGAAAGACGAGGAGCGGAGGGCAAGGAAGAAGGAUCGGGGAUGGCUUCUGCUGCGCUCUCGGAGGCGGGGGCAGUCCAGCCAAGGCCACCAUCGUCCUUGGCUACGACGUUGGGGUGAUGAGCGGUGCGUCGCUGUACAUCAAGAGGGACCUGCAGAUCACGGACGUGCAGCUGGAGAUCAUGAUGGGCAUCCUCAGCGUGUACGCGCUCAUCGGGUCCUUCCUCGGCGCGAGGACGUCCGACUGGGUCGGCCGCCGCGUCACCGUCGUCUUCGCGGCCGCCAUCUUCACCACCGGCUCCUUGCUCAUGGGCUUCGCGGUCAACUACGCCAUGCUCAUGGUCGGCCGCUUCGUCACCGGCAUCGGCGUGGGCUACGCCAUCAUGGUCGCGCCCGUGUACACGGCCGAGGUGUCGCCCGCGUCGGCCCGCGGCUUCCUCACGUCUUUCACCGAGGUGUUCAUCAAUGUGGGCAUCCUCCUUGGCUACGUCUCCAACUACGCCUUCGCGCGCCUCCCGCUCCACCUUAGCUGGCGCGUCAUGCUCGGCAUCGGCGCCGUCCCGUCCGCCCUGCUCGCGCUCAUGGUGUUCGGCAUGCCGGAGUCGCCCCGCUGGCUCGUCAUGAAAGGCCGCCUCGCGGACGCCAGGGCCGUGCUGGCCAAGACCUCCGACACGCCUGAGGAGGCUGUGGAGCGCCUUGACCAGAUCAAGGCUGCCGCCGGCAUCCCUAGGGACCUUGACGGCGACGUGGUCGUCAUGCAUAAGACAAAAGGCGGCCAGGAGAAGCAGGUGUGGAAGGAGCUCAUCUUUUCGCCGAACCCAGCCAUGCGGCGCAUACUGCUCGCGGCGCUCGGCAUCCAUUUCUUCCAGCAGGCGACGGGCUCCGACUCCGUCGUGCUGUACAGCCCACGCGUGUUCCAGAGCGCGGGCAUCACCGGCGACAACCACCUGCUCGGGGCCACAUGCGCCAUGGGGGUCAUGAAGACGCUCUUCAUCCUGGUGGCCACGUUCCAGCUCGACCGCGUCGGCCGGCGGCCGCUGCUGCUGACCAGCACGGCCGGCAUGCUCGCCUGUCUCAUCGGCCUUGGGACGGGCCUCACCGUCGUGGGUCGGCACCCGGACGCCAAGGUCCCGUGGGCCAUCGGCCUGUGCAUCGUGUCCAUCUUGGCAUACGUGUCCUUCUUCUCCAUCGGCCUCGGGCCCCUCACCAGCGUGUACACCUCGGAGGUCUUCCCGCUGCGGGUGCGCGCGCUGGGCUUCGCGCUCGGCGCGUCAUGCAACCGCGUGACCAGCGCCGCGGUCUCCAUGUCCUUCCUGUCCCUGUCCAAGGCCAUCACCAUCGGCGGCAGUUUCUUCCUGUACGCCGGCAUCGCAGCGAUAGGAUGGAUUUUCUUCUUCACCUUCAUUGCGGAGACGCGUGGCCUGCCGCUCGAGGAGAUAGGGAAGCUUUUCGGCAUGACGGACACGGCCGUCGAAGCCCAAGACACGGCCACAAAAGACAAGGCGAAAGUGGUGGAGAUGAACUAGUGAGCCAAAAGUCACCCAACUGUUGCUAAUGUACCAUAGAAGAUGUAUCUGAUCAACGUGGUAAUAUACGUGUCACGGAAUCGUGGUGCUCAUUGAUGGAUUGUUUGGACAAAAUUUCAAGAGAAUUGUUUCAAGAUUGGAUCAAUCGGGUAAACGUUGACAUGA